UUCAUACGAAGAGCUCAUUUAUCAAUCAGUAUAACGAAUGAACUCCCGCCGUACAGUUCGUUUAUAAACAAGGAAGAAAGCAGUUUGUCCAACAUUCAUUAUUAAUUUCCUGAUCGAAUUCCCCGGAAGAGGAAACUCUAUCAAUAACCAACAUCAUUAGCGAAUAAAGAUCAUUGGUUUUUGAUCCAAUACAUAAUCAGUAAAAUAAAACUUAACAUCGAAAAUAUUAAAGGAAGGCAAUAAAGAAGAAAUGGCAGUGGUACCUCCAGUGCCCUUCGAAGAACUCCUGAAACGCGAACCUGAGCUCACGGAGUCUAAUAUUCAAGCGCUACGGGAAUGGUGCUUGAAGCAGCCGCAUUUGCCAAAAAUUUCGGACACUGAUUUAGCGGUAUUUCUGCACAGCAAUUACUAUCGAAUGGAACCAACGAAGAACACAAUCGAAACAUAUUACACGAUUCGCACCCAUCUACCAGAGUUCUUCAAUAAUCGAGAUCCAUUCGCAGUAAAGGAACUUCGUCAGGCUUUCAACACUGCAGCUUACAUGCGACUUGAAGGACAAACUCCGGAAGGCUACGAGAUAGCCUUCGGCCGUCUGAUUGACUUUGACGCUUCCCACUACGUCUACAAUGACUGUAUGAAAUUAUGGAACAUGGUUACUGACUUAUGGAUUCGCGAGAAGGGGACCAUGAAGGGGCAUAUCUUUGUCAUAGACAUCGCGGGGGUCACUUUCGGUCACGCCGGGAGAUUGAGUCCUAUGGGCCUAAAGAAGUACCUUACGUUCUUGCAGGAAGGACUUCCGGUGCGUCUGAAGGGACUUCACUUCCUUCACUCUAUGCCAGUUAUGGAAGUCAUUCUGGGGAUGAUGAAACCUUUCAUGAAGAAGGAAUUGCUAGAAAUACUCCACAUCCAUACGACUAACGAUACCGUUGAGAAAUUCUUUCCUACUGAACUACUGCCGAACGAAUCAGGAGGUAAAGCUGGUCCUAUUAUGGAACUCCACGCGGAAAAUAUUAAACGACUCGAGGCUAAUCGCGAGUUUUUCCUGGAGGACGAGCAGACUAUGCGAGUCAAUGAGGCUUUGCGCCCUGGAAAGCAAAAGACUGCCACUGAUCUUUUUGGAGUCGAGGGGAGCUUCAAGAAGCUGGACAUAGAUUGAAAAUAAUUUCAAUGGAUUUAAGAAUUUUCUAUUAAUUAUAUGGAUUUUGUUAUUGCUUUAUGAAUAA